UUUGUGAAGGCAAUGCUUAGCAUACCAUUUGCCUUUCAACGCGCAGAAGCCAUGCUUUACAGAGAAACUUUUGAAGAUGAAGUGGUUCAUCUCAGAAACUCUUUCUCAAUGCUAGAGGAAGCCUGCAAGGAGCCGAGGUCAAGCAGGCUCUUCUUGAAGCUACUAGAAGCCGUCCUCAAAACAGGAAACCGUAUGAACGUCGGAACCAUCCGAGGAGGCGCCCAGGCGUUCAAGCUCGAUGCCCUCCUCAAGCUAGCCGACGUCAAAGGCACCGACGGAAAGACAACUCUGCUCCACUUCGUCGUCCAGGAGAUAAUCCGCUCGGAGGGAAUCCGAGUGGCGGACAGCAUCAUGGGCAGGAUCAACCAAAAGAACAAAAACCGAACGCCGGAAGAAAAGGAAGAGGACUACAGAAGAAUGGGGCUAGACCUCGUCUCCGGCCUAAGCACCGAGCUCUACAACGUCAAGAAGACGGCUGCAAUCGACUUGGACGUGCUCGUAAGCUCGGUCUCGAACUUGUCGGAGGGAAUGGCAAAGAUCCGAGGGCUAAUAAUAACCGAAAAGUUGUGCAUGGAUGAGAAGAGUAUGAAGUUUGUGACCGCCAUGAAUUGUUUUGUGAGUUAUGGAGAGAAGAAGCUGAAGGAGUUGCAGGGUGAUGAAGCUAAAGUAAUGUCACACGUGAAGGAGAUCACUGAGUACUUCCAUGGAGAUGUGAGCAAAGAGGAAGUUAAUCCGCUGAGGAUAUUUGUGAUUGUGAGAGACUUUUUGGGCAUGUUAGACCAUGUCUGUAAAGAGCUUCGGAGCUCGAAGACACCAAGAAGUCCUAAUCCUCUUGCUCCUUUCCGAUAGAUCAUGAUGAUUUUUUUUUUUUUUUUUAAAUUUUUAAAUUGUGUGUUUAUGAGAUUGUAUGUUUUCUUUCACUAUAUCACUAAUUGAAAGCAGAUUGUAUUGUCAUGACUAUGAUUUUCUUUU